AUGGGCUUGUUUUCAUCGGCAGAGCCUCCCUUGACUGAGGCCAAUCUCAGUAACCAAAGUGGAAUGACCUUCGUUGUGACCGGUGCGACAUCCGGAUAUGGCCUGCACCUAGCAACCAUCCUCUAUCAACAUGGUGGUAAAGUAUAUCUUGCGGCCCGCAAUGCAUCCAGAGCGCAAAGUGUAAUCGACGACAUCACAAGACGCCACCCCGAAUCUAAAGGACAACUGGUCUAUUUACAUCUCGAUCUCGGUGACUUAUCGACAAUCAAAAAGUCAGCCGAGGAAUUCCUGACAAAGGAAUCCAAGCUCCACGUGCUCUGGAAUAAUGCCGGCGUGAUGAUUCCUCCCCAGGGAUCCACAACCGCUCAGGGCUAUGAGCUUCAGCUCGGCACGAAUGUCAUCGGGCCAUUUCUCUUUACCAAGCUGCUCUAUCCAGCUCUGGCCAAAGCUGCAGCAGACUCUCCCCCGAACUCAGUCCGCGUAGUAUGGUUAUCCUCUUCGGCGGUCAGGAUGGCCCCCACCCCGGCGAUUGAUUUUUCGAAUAUGGACUACCACAAGGACGAGGGAGCUUGGACAAAAUAUGGGAGAAGCAAAGCUGCCAAUGUUCUACUCGCCGUGGAGUUUGCGCGGCGCUCCAAGAAGGACGGUGUCGCAAGCAUCGUGGGUCCUCUGAAAAGAAUAUCACCUGCAGAGAACAAUGCCUUGUUGGCAAGUCGCUGCCGUGUCGGACAGCGACCGGAGGUGGGUGCGUAUACCGAGCUGUUUGCUGGUCUCCAGCCUGAUAUCGAUCCUGUUAAUUCGGGAAAUUGGAGUUUAACGUGUCGUGUAGUUGUCCCUCCGGGAAGGGUGGUGGCAGGUCGCAAAGACCUCUAUGAUCCGGAGUUGUCUGAGAAAUUCUGGCAAUGGAAUGAGGAACAGGUCCGGUCUUACUUGUGA